UCCGAAGAGUGAACACUCUUAGUCAGAGAAUCUGAGGAAAAUCGCAGAGGGAGAAGUAACAAUGGAGCCAGUCAUAAUCGGUGCGCUAAUUCUGGAUGUUCACGCAAACCCUUCUACCGCACCCAUCUCCGGAACCACUGUCCCAGGCCAGGUAUUGUUUGCACCUGGUGGUGUAGCAAGAAAUGUAGCUGAUUGCAUAUUUAAGCUUGGAGUAAGACCUUUUAUGAUUGGCACUUUGGGGAUCGAUGGCCCAGCCAAUGUAUUGUUGAAAGACUGGAAGCUCUCUACUGAAGGAAUCUUGAGACGUGAAGACAUCAAUACUCCCAUUGUAUCUCUUGUAUAUGAUAUUAACGGAGAAGUUGCUGCUGGCGUUGCUGGUGUGGAUGCAGUUGAGAAGUUUCUGACACCUGAUUGGAUCCAGCGGUUUGGACAAAACAUAAGCUCCGCUCCUGUCCUUAUGAUAGAUGCAAAUCUCAGCACUCUUGCUUUGGAAGCAUCUUGCAAAUUGGCUGCCGAGUUCAAUGUUCCUGUAUGGUUUGAGCCUGUGUCAGUCACUAAGUCGCAGAGAAUCGCCUCAGUCGCCAAGUAUGUAACUAUAGUAUCACCAAACCAAGACGAGCUCACAGCAAUGGCCAAGACUCUCUGCGCAAGGAGUAUGUUCAAUACCUUUAAACCAGAAGAAAACAAGCUUUCACCAGAAGAUGUAUUCUGUGCGUUGAGGCCAGCCAUUUUGGUUCUCCUUGAAAGUGGUAUUAAAGUGGUUAUGGUAACACUUGGCUCCAAUGGAGCUCUGUUAUGCUCAAAGGGUAACCCGAAGAAGGCUCUCAACAUAAACAGAAAGUUCCCGAAAAGAGUAGAGAUCUUCAAAAGGGUGCAACUCAUAUGUUCACCGAACCGAUUUUCUGAACCGGGAUUUAGUAACAGCACGAGUCUUUUCGCAAUGCAUUUCCCAACCGUCCAAACAAAAGUCAAGAAGCUCACUGGUGCAGGGGAUUGCCUAGUAGGAGGUACACUCGCGUCGCUGAGCGAUGGUUUAGAUCUGUUACAGAGUUUCGCAGUUGGCAUUGCUUCUGCUAAAGCUGCUGUUGAGUCAGAUGAUAAUGUGCCUCCUGAGUUCAAGCUGGAUCUUGUUACUGAUGAUGCGGAGUUGGUUUACAGUAGCGCCAGAAUGUUGUUGGCGCAUCAGUCAUUGCUGUGAAGAAUUAUCUUUUUGUGCUUUUUGGCUUGGUUUUGUUUAUAGUUUGCUCAGCAAGUAGACCAUUUGCUUAGUAGGACUGAACACGGUAUUAAUAGAGAAACCACUGUUGGGGGUGGAUUUACAUCCUCUUUCAAGACCUAUUAAACAAUGAAUUAGGCCCAUAUUAUUAGGAAACCCUAUGUUCCAUUGUUGUAUAAAUAAGGAGACACUCUUUCUUAGCAAAGAGAUCUCUCUUUCUUUCUUAGACCUAGAACACUUCUUAUAAAGAUUUAUAGAUUCACUUUACAUUUCAA